GCGGUGGCUGCUACUGUCAAUCGGAUCAAUCGCGGCAUUUGAGCGGCUGGAUCCCGACGCAGGAGCAGCGGGCGCGUCUCGUCACCCGGCCCGGCCGGGCGUGUAGGACGGCUCGUGAGGGGAGAAGGGAACGCCCCGGCUAGGAGCAAGAAGCAGAACCAUAGAGCGCGGCCUCCGCGGAGUGCUAGACAGGCACAUUCUCGGUCCCUUCCAGCCGGCCCGUCUCGGUGCUUGCUGGCGGUAGGGCACGCGCGGCCUUCUCAUUGGCCCGGAAGACACCCGCUCCAGACCCGGAGGCGCAGGCACGGGGCUGCCGGAGUCGAGCGCCGGGAAGCCCUCACUGCUGCUCGGUCAGUGGCCGGCCGGGAGAACCUCGCUUCAAAAUACCGAAGAACAUCAAGAGAGACAAAGGGUCAAGUACAUCACUCCACCUUCCCUAAGAACAGCAAGACAGUCAUCAGGACAAGAGUGAAUAUAUGAAGGAGGAAGUGGGGGAAUCUGCUGAAGAUGAGGCGAUUGAAUCGGAAGAAGACCCUGAAUUUGAUGAAAGAGUUGGAUGCCUUUCCAAAGGUUCCUGAGAGCUAUGUGGAGACUUCAACAAGUGGUGGAACAGUUUCUUUAAUAGCAUUUACAGCUAUGGCUUUAUUAACCAUACUGGAGUUUAUGGUGUAUCGAGACACCUGGAUGAAAUAUGAAUAUGAAGUAGACAAGGAUUUUACUAGUAAAUUAAGAAUCAAUAUAGAUAUUACUGUUGCCAUGAAGUGUCAAUAUGUGGGGGCUGAUGUUUUGGAUUUAGCAGAAACAAUGGUUGUCUCUGCAGAUGGCUUAGUUUAUGAACCGGUAAUAUUUGAUCUUACUCCCCAGCAAAGAGAGUGGCAGAGGAUGCUGCAGUUAAUUCAAAGUAGACUGCAAGAAGAACACUCCCUUCAAGAUGUGAUAUUCAAAAGUGCUUUUAAAAGUGCUUCAACAGCACUGCCACCAAGGGAGGAUAAUUCGUUACUGCCUCCAGAUGCAUGCAGAAUUCAUGGUCAUCUCUAUGUCAAUAAAGUGGCAGGAAACUUUCACAUAACUGUGGGCAAGGCAAUUCCCCAUCCCCGAGGCCAUGCACACUUGGCAGCCCUUGUGAGCCACGAUUCAUACAACUUCUCUCAUAGAAUAGAUCACUUGUCUUUUGGAGAGCUCAUUCCAGGAAUUAUUAAUCCUUUGGACGGGACAGAAAAAAUUGCAUCAGAUCACAACCAGAUGUUCCAAUAUUUUAUCACAGUCGUGCCAACAAAACUCCAUACGUAUAAAAUUUCAGCAGAAACUCACCAGUUUUCCGUGACAGAAAGGGAAAGAGUGAUUAACCAUGCAGCUGGCAGCCAUGGGGUAUCAGGGAUAUUCAUGAAAUAUGACAUCAGUUCACUUAUGGUGACAGUAACAGAAGAACACAUGCCCUUUUGGCAGUUCUUAGUAAGACUCUGUGGUAUUAUUGGUGGAAUUUUCUCAACUACAGGCAUUUUACAUGGCAUUGGAAGAUUCCUAGUGGAAAUUAUCUGCUGUCGUUUCAAACUGGGCUUACACAAACCUACACCUCCAGGAACUGUUUCUCACCCUGGAUCUAGUACUCUCCCAACCCAACGAAGGGGGGCUCCCAGACCUAGAAUGUGGAGAAGGGACCUCUGCUGCAAAUGUUUCAUCGCUCCAUGUAUCAUUUCCAUCCCAGAGGCUAUCAAAGAUUAGAAGCCAAAAAAAAAAUGCACUCACAAUGAAAUGUUCUCUGGGCUUAUGCAGGCCUCCCACGCUGAAAGAGACCAGCACAAUGCGUUGAGGGAGACAAUGUCAGAGUCCAGGAAAGCACAAAAUGAACGCGAGGACAGGAGGGACGAGUGAGAGGAGAGGAGGGGCAAGCGCGAGGACAGGAGGGACGAACGAGAGGAGUGGUGGCGUCAGCAUGAUGAGAGGAGGCAGGAUGCAAUGCUGAGGCUCCUGUAGGAUCAAACUGAUAUGCUCUGGCAUAUGGUUGAGGUGCAGGAAAGGCAGCAUGAGCACAGAACGCAGCUGCAGCCCCUGUGUAACCAACUGCCCUUCUCCCCAAGUUCCAUAGCCUCCUCACCCAGACGCCCAAGAACGCGGUGUGGGGGCACCCAACCACUCCACCCCAGAGGACUGCCCAAGCAACAGAAAGCUGGCAUUCAAUAAGUGUUGAAGCACAGUGAGGCCUUGUCCUUCCGUCCUCCCCUCCUCCACCACCCCACCCGGUGCUUCUCUCACCCCUCCCGAGCUACCUUGGCAGUUAUUCCCCCAUUUGUGUGACAAAUUAAUAAAGAAUGCAUUAAUUUGAAACUGA